GCAGAAUGUGCUGGUUGUGCAUGUGUCCGGCAGUGUCUAAAGCUCCUGACUAACGCUCACUGUGUAGUGCGACUGGCUCAGUGCAAAGCAAAGGGGAAACGAGGGGUCAGAGCAGUGCAUGAUGGGAACUGUCACCCUAAAGUGUUUCAGGGGAACAGCAUGACACAAUGGAGCGGAUUGGACCUUCCUUGCUCCCAGACACUAUUCUAUACCAGAUCUUCCAGAGCCUCGGGCCAUUGGAUCUCCUUUCUGCGGGACUGGUGUGUAGGCGCUGGUAUAAUGUCUCCCGAGACGAUUUCCUGUGGAAGGAUCUGUUCUACCGACAUUACCGGGUGCAGAGACACAUCCUCCGGUGCCCAGGGGCGGAGUCCUGGUACGAGGAGUUCCAGCGAGUGAGCGACACAGUUCCGUGUGUAGAGGUGCAGAGAUUACGGGAACACGGGGACCAAGUGCUGCACAUCAGCUUCUCCCACUCAGGAGACCGCUUUGCCUCCUGCUCCAAGGACUGUACCAUUAAGGAUGUUGAGUCGGAGAACGUGAACGUUGUGAAGAGACUAUUUAAGAUCCAGAACCUGAACGCAAGUACAAUCCGCAUGGUGAUGGUGGCCAGUUCUCCGGACCUGUUGGUGGAAGUCGCCGAAAAUUCGGAAGAAAGUGCCAAGAGCCCACCCCCCCCACAGGCAGAGGAGGAGGAAGAGGGAGACCGGGGGGAAGGAGAAGUGGAGGAAGAUGGGGAAACAGACAUGGCAGAGGACAUCGAGGAGGAGUUUCAGAUAUUUAGGGACAAUGGGGAGGAGGGGCUUCCCAGGCCGAUACUCUCUGAGAACCAGUUUGAGACUAAAGUGGCCCAGUUGUAUGCCAGAUACAGAACCAAAAGCAAUGAUGGGGGCCCCAAAACCACAGAGGGAAACCAGGACAAGAAAUAUUUGAUCUUCACAACGGGGUAUCUCACCUACGCACCCCACCAGAUAGGUGAGUCCCCUGCCAGUAUGGCUGCUGCUGUUCCUUCCCCUGGUCAAUAGAGGGCACCAUCACAGGGCCAUGGUUCUAUUGUUGAGCCUGAUGUUUCUGACAUUUCAUCUUCCUCCAGGGAUCAAGCAGCUGCUGCCCCAUCAGAUGACGACUGCGGGGCCAGUGCUGGGAGAGGAGCGGGGCCAAAAUGAAUUCUUUGAUGCUCUGGAUCAUGUCAUCAAUAUUCACGGUCACAUCAUAGGCAUGGGCUUGUCCCCCGACCACAGGUCAGUGCCCAGCCCUCCCCGACCACAGGUCAGUGCCCAGCCCUCGUCUCCUGUGUCCCCCCUGCCUCCUACAAUUCCCUCCUCUGCUUUCUCAGACUGCCCACACCAUUGUAUCAAUAGUCAAGUCUCCAUUUCCCAGAAUGCCUUGCAUGCACUGCGAUUAACAGCCCUGAGCAGAGGAAGGGUAACACAAGGCAUUGUGGGAAAGAGCCUUGGCUGGAGGGAAGCUGAUUUGAUACAUAGUUUGAAGUCUGGCAAACAGAGAAGGGAAUAGCAAAGGACAAUCUGUUUGGACCCCACAGGUUCCUGUAUGUAAAUAGUCGCCCUUGGCCGCACGACUGCCUCAUCGCUGACCCCAUGGACCCCCCUCCCAUAGCUGAGGAGAUUGAGCUGCGCAUCUUUGACCUGCGAAACUUGAGGGAAGUACAGUCCCCCCUGCGAGCCCACCGGGCCUACACCCCCAAUAACGAGUGCUUCUUCAUCUUCCUCGAUGUCAGCACAGACUUUGUAGCCAGGUAAGUGGCACUGACAUCUGGGGGUUAUAUAUUUAUCCUUUUCAUUCAACACAGACACAGAGGGGACUGUCAGUAGCUUGGCCUUUAGUAAGAUGUUGCCUGGGGCUGCUGGACGUUGUAGUUAGAGCUAUAGAGGCAAAUAUUAUAUGUGGGGCAUACACACAACUCCACAGCAAGGGAUUGUGGGUAAUAUCUCAUCUUUCUGUCCUUGUCAGUGGGGCAGAAGACCACUGUGGCUACGUGUGGGACCGGCAUUACAGCGCCUGUUUAAGCAAGUUGCCACAUGAUGAUGUGGUGAAUUCCGUGGCCUUCAGUCCCGUGGAUCAGGAGAUGCUUCUCAGUGCCAGCGAUGAUUUUACAAUAAAGGUGUGGCGCUCCCCCCGCUCUCUACGAAUUACCGGUGCCUUCUAGUGGACUCUGGGCUUCAGCCAGGAUAUGGGAUUGGACUUGGGCCCCACAUUUGGGUGUGUGAUAACCAGGCAGGUGGGUUACUUGGGCCCCCCUAAUGGCACCUCUGGUGACAGAGAUUUUAUUGGUAUCGUGGGACUUGCACUCUUAUUUAUUUCUUUGUGAUUUUAUUUGGGGAAAUCCGUGUGAAACUGACUGUCGGGGGGUUAACACAAUGUCUUUAUGUACUGCCGACAGCACCACCGCUUUGCCCACUCAGUAACUCUACCUGCUCUCAUUAAAGCAACUCACAGUCA